AAAACAGAGCGAGAGAGUAGAGAGAGUUCAUAGAGAGAGAGAGAGAGAGAGAGAGAGGGAGUGUGUGUGAGAGAGAGAGCUGCUACUGCGCAUAAACACAGAUUUGACCUGUGGGUUUUAACUUCGAUCUUUAGACAGUAUGCAGUAAUUCACCAACUGCAAGCGAGGUUGGUUCCAAACGCCGCUACAACUUGUUGCGCUUACUUUUCAAUAGGCUGUUGAAACUUUGGGGGAGAAAAGUUGAGGAUUUCAGAGAGAACCUGGAUACGACCGGACCUUUUUUGACAGCGUAUGCGUGUAAUAUGUAAAUGUGACCAAAGGCAAUUGAUUUAAAAAGAAGAAACCUGUGGAUUACACGUCGCUGGAGUUUGGACAGAUACUUUUUUCUUUUCUUGCUUGUGUUAUACCGAUUCUUUUUUGUGUAUAUGAACAUUUGCUGCCAACAAUGGAAGUAACUGCGGAUCAGCCCCGGUGGAUGGGCCAUCACCACCCAGCGGUACUGAACGGUCAGCAUCCCGACACACACCACCCGGGUCUCGGCCACUCGUACAUGGACCCCUCUCAGUAUCCCCUCACCGACGAUGUGGAUGUACUGUUUAAUAUCGAAGGACAGGGCAACCACGUCUCCCCGUAUUACGGAAACUCCGUCAGAGCCGUCCAGAGAUACCCGCCUCCCCCUCACAGUAGUCAGGUGUGUCGUCCACCCCUGCUUCACGGUUCGCUGUCCUGGCUGGACAGUAGCAAAGCCCUCGGCACGCACCACAGCACGUCCCCGUGGAACUUGAGUCCCUUCCCUAAGACUUCGCUCCACCACGGCUCUCCCGGGGCCCUUUCUGUCUACCCGCCGACAUCGUCCUCCUCGCUGUCAGCCGGUCACUCCAGCCCGCAUCUCUUCACCUUUCCCCCGACUCCUCCUAAAGAUGUCUCACCGGAUCCGGGGAUCUCUACCCCGGGCUCAAGCAGCUCCGGCCGCCAAGAGGAAAAAGAGUGCAUUAAGUACCAGGUGUCCCUACCAGAAAGCAUGAAACUGGAGUCGGCCCACAGCCGGAGCAUGGCCUCAAUUGGUGCGGGAGCAUCAUCCGCUCACCAUCCCCUCGCCACUUACCCAUCCUAUGUCUCAGACUACGGCCCAGGCCUCUUCCCACCAAGUAGCCUGAUAGGUGGGUCAUCUUCUAGUUAUGGUUCCAAAACAAGACCAAAAACAAGGUCCUGUUCAGAGGGUAGAGAAUGCGUUAAUUGCGGAGCCACUUCCACCCCUUUGUGGAGGAGAGAUGGCACAGGUCACUAUUUGUGUAACGCCUGCGGACUCUAUCACAAGAUGAACGGACAGAACCGGCCACUUAUCAAACCCAAGAGACGGCUGUCUGCAGCUAGAAGAGCAGGAACAUCGUGCGCAAACUGUCAAACGACCACGACAACUCUUUGGCGGAGAAAUGCAAACGGGGACCCUGUCUGUAACGCGUGCGGGCUGUACUACAAACUGCACAAUAUUAACAGACCACUGACCAUGAAGAAGGAGGGCAUUCAGACCCGAAACCGCAAGAUGUCCAGCAAGUCCAAGAAGAGCAAAAAGUCCCACGACAGCAUGGACGAGUUCUCCAAGAGCCUCAUGGACAAGAACAGCUCCUUCAGCCCCACGGCCCUGUCCAGACACAUGACCUCCUUCCCCCCCUUCUCACACUCCGGCCACAUGCUGACCACCCCCACGCCCAUGCACCCCUCGUCCAGCCUGCCCUUCGCACCCCAUCACCCAUCCAGCAUGGUCACCGCCAUGGGGAGGCCGGUGUCUCCGUGCUGGGGAAACCGCCACCACUGCUCCUGGAGCUAGCCGCGUCCGCGUGUCUGUGUCUGCAACCAACCACUGAAUCCCGAAUCCAUUUGUGUACAGAAGCAAUUUUUUCCACAAAUAAGGUAAAGACAACAGACUGCCUGUUUUUCCUCAGCCCCACUCACACCCCCACUCCCCCCACCCCCACAUCCCACCCCGCCCAUCCCUUGUCACCCCCCUGUGAAACAGGGGUUCCCCUGUACUGUGAAAAAAAGAGAGAGGAGGAGAUGAACUUUGAACAUAUUUGUACAGAUUGUAUGAAAUACAGUACAUUUAAUGAAGACUUUUUAAAUGAAAAAAAAAAUGCCCAUGGGCAGCUACGACGAGAAGGGUACGAUUCGGGGCAGGAGGAGAGACCAUCAGAGAAGCAUGUCGCAGUAGGAAGGCCUGCCUGUGGCUCCUGGUUCGAAAGAGAAAAGUCGCCGAUGCAAACUGCCUGGCCUCCUUAUUUUCCUGGCAGGUGUUAUUUUAUGCAUUAAAACCGUUUAGACAGAUUGAUCACGCAGAGUGCAGGAGUCCCUGUAGGACGUGCUAUAGGUCCUGGGCUAUUUGUUUGUUGACACACAUACGCACGCUGGCACGCACGCACGCACGCACGCACACACACACGGACAUGCACGUAUGCACAUCCACACACACAUGCACACACACACACGCACACACGUAUGCAGAC